CCUACUUCUUUCUUCUUCCCCUCACCCUCUAAAACCCCCCUAAUACCAUCUCAACUUAGCUGAUUUUCUAGAAGAGAACAUGGCUAAUUCAGCGUCUGGGAUGCAUGUAAAUGAUGAGUGCAAGCUCAAGUUUUUGGAGUUGAAAGCAAAGAGAAAUUAUAGGUUUAUUGUGUUCAAAAUUGAUGAGAAGGCUCAGCAAGUUACGAUAGAUAUGGUUGGGAAUCCAGAAGAAACUUACGACAGUUUCACCAAAUGUAUGCCUGAGAACGAGUGCAGGUAUGCUGUCUAUGACUUCGAUUUCACCACUCCUGAGAACUGCCAGAAGAGCAAGAUAUUUUUCAUCGCAUGGUCACCUGAUACAUCAAGAGUGAGGAGUAAGAUGUUGUACGCAAGCUCAAAGGACAGAUUCAAGAGGGAGCUAGAUGGGAUUCAGGUUGAAUUGCAAGCAACAGACCCUACCGAGAUGAGCCUCGACAUCAUCAAAGGCCGAGUCAAUCUCUGAAUGCUACUUACCGCAUCUUACUUAAUUCGUUUCAGUCAAAAUUCGUAUUUUCUGCUUUCGUUUUCCCGUUUUACUUCUUCGUUCUUCUUAUUUUAUGUGAUUCACCACUUUUUUUUUUUGGAAUGUAAUAUUCAUGAUAAUAGUUAACUAUUUUGCUUCUCUAAACAAAGCUAUCAAAAUUCACAUAGGUUGAUAGGAGAGACAGAGAGCAAAAAGGAAGACAUACAUAUAUACAUUACCCCAGGA